AUGGCUUCCGUCGAUCUCAAGGCCGUCCUGGCCAGUCUGACUCUCGAGGAGAAGGCCUCACUCCUGGCUGGAGCCAAUUUCUGGGAGACUAUGCCUAUCCCGGCCAAAGGAGUGCCCGCCGUCAAGAUGUCAGACGGUCCCAACGGAGCCCGUGGAGCGGCCUUUGCCAACGGCACGACUGCCGCCUGCUUUCCGGCAGCCUGCUGCGUGGGAUCAACCUUUGAUGUAGAUCUCGCCAAACGAAUCGGCUCUGCUUUGGCCGAGGAGACCCUGACAAAAGGCGCCCGCUGCAUUCUUGCCCCCACCAUGUGUAUACACAGGCAUCCACUGGGCGGUCGCAACUUUGAGAGUUUCUCUGAGGAUCCCUUCCUCACGGGAAAGAUGGCCGCCCAAGUCGUCUGUGGUGUUCAAGAUCGCGGUGUUGCCGCCACGAUCAAGCAUUUUGCCGUUAACGAGCAAGAAACGGACCGCUUGACAGUUGACGAGACUGUCAGCGAGCGGACCUUGCGGGAAAUCUACCUCAGGCCUUUUGAAAUCGCUGUCAAGGAGGCAAAGCCAUGGGCAGUCAUGACUGCUUACAAUAUGAUCAACGGUCAUCAUGCUGACUCGAAUGAGUUCCUGCUUAAAAAGGUGCUCAGGGGUGAUUGGAAGUGGGAGGGAAUGGUCAUGAGUGAUUGGGGUGGCACUAACUCAACCGCUGCCGCACUCAACGCCGGCCUGGAUCUUGAGAUGCCUGGCCCCACCCGGUUCAGACAAGUCGAGGUUGUCGUCGAAGCUGUAAAGUCCGGCCAAGUCUCGGAACAGACCAUCGACGAUCGAGUUAUACGCAUCUUGGAAUUCCUCGAGCGUCUUGGCUGCUUCAAGGAUGACGUGAUCCCCGAGGAAAAGGCUGUGAAUAAACCUGAGCAUCAGGCUCUGAUUCGCGAGGUCGGUGCUAAGGGCAUUGUGAUGCUCAAGAACGAGAACAACAUCCUCCCGUUGUCUAAGGAGAAGGUCAAGGGAAAACAGCUGGCUCUCUUGGGCCACGCCAAGAUUGGCAUGGCUCAUGGCGGCGGUAGCGCUUCGGUGAACGCCCACUAUCGUGUCACUCCCUGGGACGCGCUUCACGAGGCUCUUGGGGACAAUGUGAAGUUUUCAUACGCCAAAGGUGCCCAUACAUUCCGCAUGUUACCAUACCUUAGGGAGAAUGUGGUCGACCUUACCGGUGGCAACGGGUUCACUUACAAACUUUUUGAGCCAGGCCAAGCGGAGCCUUUCUACGUUAAGCAGGGCCACGAGGAAUCUUUUAUCGAUAUUCUCUCCACUUUUGACGUCGUAGAAAAGGAAGCCAGUCUCGAAGGCACUUUCACGGCGACUGAAACGGAUUCUUAUUAUUUCACCUGUUCCGGCAUCGGUCCUAGCAAGCUAGUUAUCAACGAUGAGUUGAUCUACGAGCAGACGGAGAACUGCAAGGACCCCAUGGGCUUCAUCUUCGGCGGUGCUCCUGCCCCACAAAUCAAGGUGCCUCUAAAGGCUGGCGAACAGUACAAGAUCUUUGCCCACACUUCACCACCUUCGAAGAAGGACGGAGAGGAUGACAGCAUCCUGGCAGGCCGCAUUGGUCUGCGUAUUGGUUACAUGUCGGCUACCGAGCACGACAAGGACCUCGUUGCAGAGGCUGUCGAAGUUGCUAAGGCCGCCGACGUCGCCAUCGUCUUCGUCGGCCACGAGACCUUCUGGGAAACGGAAGGUCAGGAUCAAGUCUCCUUCAACCUUCCAAAGGACGGCAGCCAGGACCGUCUCAUCAGCGCCGUCGCAGCCGUGAAUCCCAAUACUAUCGUCGUCAAUUCAACGGGUGUUGCUGUUGCCAUGCCCUGGCUGGAUCAGGUCCAAGGCCUUUUGCAGGCGUGGUUCCCCGGCCAAGAAGUUGGAAACUCAAUUGCAGAUGUUCUGACUGGUCGGCAAAAUCCCGAGGGUCACCUCCCUUGCACUUUUCCCAAGCGUCUCGAAGAUUGUCCCGCAUAUGGCAAUUUCCCUGGUGAGCGCGACCAUAACGGUCAGAUGAGGGUAACAUACAAGGAGGGCGUCUUCGUUGGCUACCGUCACUUCGAUCGGUUGCCUGCUGACACGGUGAACUUCCCUUUUGGUUUUGGCCUAUCGUAUACCACCUUCGACUUCUCUGAUCUGAGCGUAAAGCAAGGAGGAGACGGUGACUAUGCCGUGACUGUCAAGGUCGUCAAUACGGGCAGCGUGGCCGGCGCAACGGCCGUCCAGAUCUAUGUGGGCAAUGCGUUGCCAUCAUCCGCGAACCCACCCAAGGCGCUAGCUGCUUUCAAGAAGGUGUUCGUGCAGCCGGGGGAGACAUCCGCCGUGACACUGACGGUGGGAAGCCGUGACCUUGCAACGUUCGACGAGGCGACGCAGAAGUGGAUUACCAGCGGCGGUGAUUAUGAAUUCAUGGUAGCCCGGUCGGCGGGGGACAUUGUGCUGCGAACCAGCGUGAGCGUGGGUCGCAAGGAGUCAGAGCCGUAG